AUGAAGAUCCCCAUGCGCGUCGACUAUGGGGUACGGGCCCUCGUUGAGUUGGCCCUCCAAUAUGGAGACAGCCCGGUUCAGACCGCGGAAAUUGCGGCAAAGCAGGGCAUUCCGGAGGCCUAUCUCGACCAGCUUAUGGCGUCCCUCAACAAGUUCGGAUUCGUGGUCAGUCGCCGCGGCCCCAAGGGCGGCCACAUGCUCGCCAUGCCCCCAGGCGACAUCAACCUCAGCAUGGUGAUGUCCAAGCUCGACGCCAACAGCUCCCCCCUCGACUGCCUGAUCAAUCCUCUCGACUGCGUUCUUUCAGAUAACUGCGCCCAGCAGGAGGUCUGGAAGUCCGUCGAAGAGGCCAUUCUCGACGUGCUCAGCAACAUCACGCUGGCAAACCUGGCCGACCGCCAGCUGACCAUGGCCGCCACGCACUAGCCGUUCCGGCGCUCCCCACAAAGCUUUCUCCCCGGCGAUGCCGCCUCCCCGAAUGCGUUAAGCCUUGAGGACUUCUUUACUUUUUGCGACGAUUUGUGUAACGCA